AUGGCCGACAUAUUUACCCCAAAGUUUCCAGGGCAAGGGCUCGGUGACCUAGUGCUGCUGGACAAAAUUGACCAGCUCCUAGCGUACAAUCUCACUGAGUACGUCAAUUUCCCUCAGCUUGUUGUUGUGGGAGACCAGUCGAGCGGGAAGAGCUCUGUUCUUGAGGGUCUUACCAGAUUGCCAUUCCCUAGAGAUAGUGGGCUGUGCACACGAUUUGCUACUCAUAUCAUCUUUCGACGUACCAGGGCCGACACAAAGAGAAGUAUCAGCGCCUCCAUUGUUCCAGCAAGCGACACACACGCGGAGCAUGCUUCUCAUUUAGUGACAUGGAAAGCAAGCCUUAUGGAGUCACUCGAUUUCGAAUCCUUCGCUCGGACAAUGCGCGAAGUUCACCAGACUAUGGGUCUGUCGAGCUCCAAGGAGGAAAUUUUCAAGCCUACUUUCACCCAAGACGUCUUCCGGCUAGAGAUUUGUGGCCCCGAAGAAGAUAAUUUGAGCAUCAUUGAUGUCCCAGGCAUUUUCAAGAACACGACAGAUGGUCUCACUACCAAGAAAUAUGUGAAAAUGGUGAAAGAUAUGGUCCUCAGCUACAUGCGCAACCCGCGUUCUAUCAUGCUGACCGUGGUCCCCGCAAAUGUGGACAUAGCCACCCAAGAGAUUUUGGAGAUGGCGCGUGAGUGCGAUCCCCAGGGAAGUCGCACACAGGGAGUAUUUAUCAAACCUGAUCUGGUAGACAAGGGUGCUGAGGACAAAGUCAUCGACCUGGUGGAAGGCAAAACCUGCUCUUUGAAGCUUGGCUGGAUUGUUGUGCGCAAUGCCGGUCAACAGCAGCUACUUGACCAGAGCUCCAACCGAGAUGAGGUUGAAGCCCAGUUCUUCUGUGAAGCUCACCCAUGGAAUAGCCUCUCAAGAGAAAAGGUUGGCAUUGCUGCCCUCAAGAUCCGCCUAAAAGAUGUGCAAACCACCCAAAUUCGUCAAGAAUUUCCUAAGGCAUAUCGCGUCAUUUUACUACUUUCCUCACGGAUUUGGCUAGCUAUGUGCGCCGAGAUUAGUCUAAAGUUGAAGAACAUGAAGCAGGAUCUCUCUGCUCUUGGCAUUGAACGAAGCACUCCGGAGCAGCAGAGAAGCUUCCUGCUCGACAUCAUAAUGAAGUUUCAAGAUAUUGUCUCGCAGGUCAUGGCAACUUCCUAUGGCACACACGAACUGUUUCAAAAAGACAAGGAUUCUCGACUUGCAACAAUAGUCAGAAACCGCAUGGAUGUUUUCAAGUCCGACAUGGAAGAAUAUGGAUUCGAGUACCAAUUUCUUCGUUGGACACCAGGAACACAACUACUCAAUGUGUUAGGAGCUGUGUUGGAAUCCGAAUACAAUUCUGAUUCUGAUCCUAAUUUUGAGAUUGACGACGAUGACGGUGACGAUGACAAUAAUGGUGAGGAGGCGGAUGAAAUUCCUGUUCGUAAGAACAUGAAUGCGUCGGAGCACGGCGGCGCCAUUGAUGGUAUUCUCCACGAACAACAGACCGUGAAAAAGCCAACAGGUGACAGCAUCCUCGCAUCGAUUGAGGGCUAA